GGAUAGUGUCGGCUCGUAGCUGCGAGCGAGCGCGUCGCCGCGAGUGACGACUCUCGUCCCCGCCGCGGAGCCGUGACCAUUCGAAAUUCCAAUGUGUUCCGCGAUAACGCGGCCAUUUUGUCGCUUAUUAACGGAUAAACAAUCCCGUGCGACGUCGCGCGUCGUCGCGGUCCCCGCUUACGCCAGCGAUUCGCCUGGCCUCGAGGCUACACGCACACGUUCUCGCGCGCAUGUGCGAGCAAUUGAAUUUCGCUGGCUCGCGGGCUCUCCUCUCUUCUCUCGCUAUUUCGUACGUGUCUCGCCCUCUCUCGUGCGAUCCUCGCGCGCGUACGCGGCAUGCCAAAAAUAGAAAAGCGGGCCGCGUGCCUGUUUCUCGUCGUUCUCGUGGGAUUUUUCUGCCGUAAUGCGAUAUUAAGCGCAUCGUGCGCGCGCGCGCUCCGAUUCACGGGACGCGGCUCGUGGCACUCGCGCGUGAAUCUUCGAGGCCGUGAAGAUAUUCUUAUCAUGGGCGAUAUACCUGUCUACCGAAAAACAAUAGAACGAAUUUUACGGGGAUAGAUGGCAAACAGAAAUGUUGGCAGAAAUAGUCCGAGCGUUGAAUAAGCUUCGCGACGAUACGUACAGCGUGAAAAAAAAAUUGUUUUGUCGCUGGUGACUACGAGGGGCAUGCGAGGGCGAAUUUUCGAAUUCCGGUGCAGUGUAGAGUGAUCUGUUCUCUUCGGGAGAUUGCAGCAAAAACUUGACUAAUUUGGAUUUACAACGUGAGGGAUCGGCCAGAAUUACGUAGCAGCAUCGAUACGUUCGUGUAUAAGAGUGACCAAGAGACUCUACCCAACAUGCCACCAGAUAGGCCAGAUGCAUCAGGUAUUGAAACUGACAUAGAAUUGAAUUCUACUCAGGAUUUUAGUUUCGGAGAAGCAGCCUAUACGAUGAACGACAAAGAGAAGGAAAACGCCAGCGUGCUGGCCGAAUCGAAAUCAAGCAACAACGAAUGCCAGAGCGAAAUUUCCAGGUGUGAAAAGUCUAUCGAGAAGAAUAAUCAGUCGGACGACGAGCUGACCUCGCUCAGCUGGCUGCACCAACAGAAUUUACUUAAGGGUUUAGAAAUCUCUAACCCGUCCAAGGACAUGAAGCAUGAGAACAUGCUGAACAAUAAUAUCUGCGACGAUAUGGCCGACUUUUCCGAGAACACGAAUUCCAUAUCGAGCUUGGACGAUAGUUUCUGUCCAGAGAGUAACGGAAAAACGAAUGUUGUAACGCUGAACGGAAAUGGACAAAACUAUCAGCAUCCCGCGAAAAAUUGUCAAAAAUCGAUGCAUAUAUUUCAGGAUCAGUCUGUGAAAAGUCACUGCAAUACAUCACCAAGUAAUCAAACGAAGAUUUCUUUGAGCAACAAUAAUUUGCCAAUGUCUAAUCGCAACAAACAUCCUACCCAUAUACCGUAUGAUCCUCAUUUACACAGAAAUAGUAAACCACCGUAUUCAUUCUCCUGCCUGAUAUUUAUGGCCAUUGAAAACAGUCCUGUAAAAGCGCUACCGGUGAAGGAGGUUUACGCCUGGAUCUUGGACCACUUCCCGUAUUUUAGGAAUGCCCCCACCGGCUGGAAAAAUUCUGUCAGGCACAAUCUGAGCCUUAACAAGUGCUUUCGUAAGGUGGAGAAAGCUCCGAAUUUGGGCAAAGGAUCGUUGUGGAUGGUAGAUGCACAAUACCGCCCAAAUCUGAUACAAGCUUUGUCUCGCGCCCCCUUCCCACCACCCACAACUCAAAAUCUACCUUCGUCGGAGAAAACACCAAGAAAAUGCGCAAAUACACGUCUCCCAGAUCCAGUUCUCUUUCCAUAUUUAUCCAAAAGACUGGCUUCUAGCAAUAUCAGUGAUAACGCGGAAACCGAAAUUGAUAGUGAUGUCGAUGCAGCGGCAGCUGCCAUGCUUUCUUUCAAACAUGGACCCAUCAUCUUGAAUCACAAUAAAGAUCGUAAACGAAAAUUGCCGGAAUCCGAAAAGUUAGUGCCUGUAAUCACCAGGAGUUCCAGUGAAGAUCAUACUUACAGCUGUAUCACUUCGUUAAAACUGGAAAGUAAAAAUUCGAACGAAGACGAGACAAAUCCAGACUUCGACGAACAAAGGAAGAUCGCGGAGGGUGCGGACGCGCUUUUGAAUCUGGCCGGUGUCAGUACAACACUAAGUCACUGUAAAACGCAUCACAUGUCGUCGCAAGAUAUUAAUCCAGCGCCAAAAGCGGAGGGAGUUACAAAACCAAAAAGACGUUCUACUCCGAGUGAUUAUUCAAGUACUCCCGAGAAAAGACGUAAGAGAUGGCGGGAAUGGGGGGGUGGGAGUCGGUACCUAAAGCAGAUUAGGGGUUAACAUUAACACAUUUUGUUACAUUUCAGAAAGUGUAUAGCAUUGAGAGCUUUUCAUUUUUGCGCGCGACACGAAUGGAAAAAAAAACUUGAAAAUUCUAUCACCUAGUGACAAAUUUCUAAGACGAUUUGCGUUUUGUAUAGUAUUGUCGGCAAAUUCUCUAUGCAACUUCUGAAGACGCGACAAAACCACUUUAGAGGUCUUUGAUUUUUUUCGAUCACGCGUCAUAGAUACAGUAUGCGCACGAGAUCAAUUUUUCCAUGAUUUCUAGUAACGUGCCGAAGAGAGAACGAGAGUCGGAUGCAUUUUGAAAUGAUUGGUGUGGUUGCUCAGGGUUUACAACAUGCUGUAUGCCAAAAUACAUUCGGUAGCACUAAACAACAAGCAAUAAUAGGGAUGUAGUGUUAAAGAAAUACUUUUUAAACAUGCUGUUGAAACAAUGAUAACAUAUAGUUCGUGGAAUAUCAAUGAAAGAAAUUAUUACGUACCGAACUAAGUAAUGAUAAUCUUUUUAGAACUGUUGUGACGAUUAUACAUAUUAAUUCAUAGAGAGUUUAAUUAAUAAUAGAGUUCUAUAUCAGUUUUUCUUUUGUAGAUAUGUAUAGAGGCAUAAUUAACAUCUACGAGAUCUCUUACAAGAGUAACGAGACUUUGUAGUUACGUUUCAUGGAAACAAAAGAAGAAGGAAGCUGAUCUUGUUGUUCUUGUAACAGAUCGUAUAUUCACGCGAUAGAGAAAUCGAUAAUAUAUUUGAAACGAUUACACGCAUACAUAUUUCUAUGUAUAUGUGUAUAUAUGUAUAUAAAAUGUAUGUACAUGCAUAUAUAUGCAGAUGUACACAUUACACGCAUUAUGAUUAACAUACUCAGUAUGUAAUGUGUAUAUACAUAUGUGUACAAGGUGUCCGCAAAUUGCGCCCGGGAACGGUGGUGGAGUUGGUGAGCAACUGAAUGAUUGAAGUUCUCACACGUUUGUUCACUUUUUACGGCAGUUUUCAAUUUGUUUGCAUUUCACGUUUAAUCGAUUACGAGUUGUGCUUGUCCAAUCAACUGUCUGUGAAUCAUGCGUAAUUGUACAUACAAUGAUUUAGUUGUAUUCACAAUAGAUAUUAAACCUUAACUCUUUCUAAUCUAAAAUUGUUUCUUGGAAUAAAAAGUGGUAAAUAUUUUUAUGAUUUGGCUUUUCAAGAACUUUUUGUGCUUACGGUGUUUUUAAAAUGCGAAAUUGAGCACACCUUGCAUAUAUAUAUAUGCGCGCUCACGCGACACACAAAUACACGCCAUGUGCAUCGUUGUCAUGCACAACAUACGUGCCACAAACAUAUUAUCAAAAGAAGAAAAAAAAAGGAAAACAGAUAUUGAGAUACGUUUACACACAAAGGAUGGUUCCGAAACGAAGAAGUUUUAUCAUUUCGUCGUGCCCUUUUCUACUCUUUGUGGCUUUCAAGAUGAUUUUCGACAGUGUUGUACAUAUGUAGGACCUUCUAAUGUAUCCACAGACCAGUUUUGGGAUUCAGUUGGAGACUGAAUGUAUUACAAUUAAUGCCGAUGAUAUCGAUCGGCCGGGUAUGAAAGCGAAAGAGAGAAAAAGAAAGAGAGAGAGGAAUAGCGCUACACACGGAGACAUCCUAUUUUUAUAAAAGAAAACCGUAAUGCUAAGGUAAAGUUUGAUAAUACCAUGUAAUUGUAAGAUACAUGUGCGCGCCACAGUUGGCUAGCGCUUGUGAAAAAAAAAAUAUUAGGACAAACUGGUCUUGCAUACAUUAAAAAAAGAAUACGUAGUUCUAUAUAGAGAGAACAUAUAUUUUUACAGGGCGCUGCCCGCGUGAUAAAAGCUCUUCCUAAUGAUUCGCUGGUAUGCAGUUUAUUAGCUUAAAUCACUAUACAAAGUAUAAAUAUAUAGUAAUUCGAGUGACAUUAUAUAUACGCGCGCGCGCGAACACGCUGUUGUAGCGCAACCUGAUCGAUUUCUACUACAUAUCAUCAAUUCGUGAUGCGUGAAGUUACAUACAUAUGUCAAGAAGCUCUUGUAAGCUCCCAUCUCAUUUGCCUUGUUUCUAUAACCGAGUCAUCAACAUGUUGACUGCCAUCGGUGGAUCACUACGGCGAUCCCAAUCAGUGAGGUGAAUCAUUAUCACGCGUAGUGAUGUAGUUUAAAUGCAAUUAUAUUACUUUAUCAUCGCACACAUUGUACGGUUUCGAUGAUAAGGAUUUCACUGUGGCGGUAAGAUGGUACAAAACUCGCUCUAAAGGCAGUCGACUUGUUGAUAUAUCUCUCGACAUAAGGAUAAGAGAAGAAGGACGGCGCAGAACGUUAUUCUUAUAACGCGGCGAUUGUAUAUGUAGAAAUCAAAUAGUAUUAUAAAUUAAUAAUGCUUUUGUAAAAUAUCCAAUCAUGGCACACUUUUAUGUUGCUUCCGCGUGCAAUAUCGAGAUAUUGGAUGGAUCGGUCGUGACGAUUAAGAGUCUGAAACUUGAAUUCAAAACGUACAAUGGACUUUGGACAGGAUGCGCUACAGCAAUUAUUUAAUGUGAUUGUAGCUAGUCAGCUACACUACAGAGAAAAAAACAAAACAAUUCAACGUGUAGGUGCAAGAAAGAAUGCCAUGCUCAAUGUAAUAUUGAUUCGAUUGUAAUAUCGUAAAAAAAGGAGAAUAGGUCGCUGAGUUUUCCAUCUGUUUUAAUUAAAAGUUAUUCUACUUAUUGUACAUUCUGCUACUUGUGUAUUAAGCGUGCUCUGCUCAACACUACGUACUUUACGUGAAAUUUGUAUAGUUGCAAGCAAUUUAAUUUUUUUUGUUUGAUUUUUUUUUCUUUAUUUCGUCGUUAUUAUCUGUGAUACUGUUGCAAAAGUUAGUACGACGGUAUAUCGUUGUUAUAUACUUCCGCGUCAUGAAAGAUUAUAAAUUCUAUGUAUUAUGUUGUAUUUAUAGAACGAAAGAAAAAAAAGAGUUAUUUCUAUAUAAACUAUAAAUAUUAUUAAUUGGCAUUCUUGCUCACACCUCGGAAUACUUUAUCCUCGUAACGAUUAAAGCAACAAACUGGCAUCUUUAAAUUGAUAAUCUAUAGAAAUUAAAUGUUAUAGCUUCACAAUUUGUUACACAUUCUCUUAGUCUAGCUCUCGUUUGCUACGACUGAAGAUCUGUUCUUCCAUGUAGUUAAUUCUAAAUUACUUAGGGGGUGGGAUGCCAUUUAUUAUCGUAAAGUACGUAAAGUACGUGUAGCUAAUCGAUAGGUUAUUAAAGCGGUAGAUUUAAUCGAUUAGUGACGUAAUCGCAAAGCAAUACACCAGUAAAUCCUGACAUUGGGCGCAAUACUCUAGUCAGCCGGUUUCCUAGGGGGGAGUUAAGUGGGGUUUAUGUGCAAUGCGUUAGUCACGAGGUCAGGAGUCAGCGGAGCGAUAGACUGUUUUUAUUCUACAAUUGCGUUUUAUGUAGAGAAAAGAAAAAAAAAAUAAAAAAGUAUUAAGGUCGCAUAUUUGUAAUGUAGCGCCGACUCAUCGUACGAAUGCUAAAUUUACAGCCAGAUCAAUUUGUUUCGAGUUUAUUACGGUCACUUUUAUUACGGAAGCGUACUGCUGUUAUAACCGGCUGACAAGCGAAGUCACGUGUAUAGACAAAGACACCAAAAAGCAAAGUAUGGAGCAAAGCAGAUUACGGCGUGUCGUAACCAGCUAGGGACAAUCAAAAGACAUGAUGUGUUUGAUUUGCUUCCAUUACAUGACAUCGUGCCAAAUGCAGAAUUCUUUGAGUUUGGAAGAUCAGAUAUGCUAAUUUAUAUAUACAUAUAUAAAUAUACAUAUGUGUACAUAUAUGUAUACAUGUGUAUACCAGUAUGUUUCUAGAUUCUUUGGACAAUCUUUCGGUGUCUAUUCUUCACAUUAUAUGAUGUGAAGAAUUGACUUCAAAAGUUUGUCCAGAGAAUCUCGACACGUUCUGUAUAUACGCAUAUGUACAUAUCUACAGAUUGUAUAUUAUAAGAAUUUUGUUGGCGUAAUAUGUAAUAUUACAGUUAUACAUAUAUAUAUAAUAUAUAUUAUAUAUCAUUA